AUGGCUUCCACACAAGGUGUCAAUGUUCUGCGCUAUUCGGCUCUCGUAGCCGGUCUCGUCUACGGUGUCUACCACCAGUCCUCGAUCACAUCCACUGCUAAGCGUGCGGAGGCCGACCGUGAAUACGCUCGCCAGGAGCGCCUGAUCGAGCAGGCCAAGGCGGAGUGGAAGAAGAAGACGGCACCCCAGGACUCCAAGACCAGCGGAGUCAUCACGGAUCCCGAGGACAGCCGAUUCGACCUGGAAGCCUUCCUGAAGUUGAAGGCCGGAGAGAACUAG